UCUACCUUGGCAGCUUGUUUCAUCUUUGAAUUUAGCCAAUAUUAUACUGAGCAAGAGGAAUGUUGUUCAGUGUUCUUGAUGCCUAAGUCAAUUCCCAUGAGUCUUUCCUGAUGAAAUAUUUAAUUCUAUUUCAGUGAUUAAUGCUUUGGAGAUUGAAUGCUGCUCUGUGGGUCUGAAAAGAUACAGGUUUGUGUAUGUGGGGUGGAUGUGAAAUAUAGACUGACAACCUUAUUAUCAAUAAUGCAGAAAAUUACAGUACUUGAGAAACGCAGAGCCCCUUGCACUCCUGCCUAUUCACAGAUGUAUCAGUUAUAAAACUAUUCAUUCUGCAUUCUAUUUGCUGGAGAUGACUUGUCUUAUCAGCAGGAAAAAAGCCAAUAUGCCAUGACCAACUGGGAAUUGGGAGAUCUAGGGUUUAAUCUGCACUUUGCCAGAGGACAUAUCAGAUGAUCUUUGGUUAGUAACUCACUCUCUUUCUCUCAGCCAGACCCACCUCACAGCACUGUUGUAUGGGGAAAAGGAGAGAAAGACAGGGCGUAUAUGCUGCCUUGUGUUCAUGGGAGGAAAGUUAGUACCAUAUCUCAAUUUGUAAAAUUGAGAUAUGGUACUGAUACUGGAGUCAGUGUUCAUAUCUUUAUUAGGGUCAACUAAAAUAUUUCAAAAUAGAGAGCCAGCUUCUGAGUUUUCCUGAACUCGUAAUCAGGCUAUAUAUCAAGGAAAGCAGGAGCUGAAGGAGGGGGUAGGUGAGGACAAAAUGCUUUGAAGUAGGUUGCCACAUUUAUUCACAGCCUUAAGAAAAAGUUCAACAAUAUCUCUAAAUCUUUUUUUCAUGUAUUACCCUAUAUUAAAUUUUCAAUCAAGUUAUUGAGUAGUGUAUACAAAAGUAGGGGAAAUUGGAACCAUCCAGUAUAAAUUUAUAAUGGGCACAUUGGCAGUGAUUAAUAAGACCAGAAACUCCCAGGUUUUGUUCCUGUUAUUUCUAGUUUUAUUUUUGAGAUCCAUAUGCACUUUUUUGCCAAUAAUUUCUGUCAGUGCCCAGUGCUGUCAGAACCUUUUUGUACCUGUUCCCUAUUUUAAUCCAGUAUAAAAUCUGGGACUUCCCUAUCAGUCUGGAUAUGCCCAAAAUGAAGCAUAAGAGCAUGUGUUUAUGUACCUUUUCAUUGUCUUAUAUUUUUAAAUCCGUAUCUCUGUGUAUAUAUUGUCCCCUCUUUUCUUUUAACAGCCAUUGUUGUUUGUGUCUUCAAGUUGUUUCCAAUUUAUGAUGAUUGUAAGGUGACCUACCAUGAGGUUUUACUGGCAGAUUUGUUCAGAGGGGUUUGCCAUUGCCUUCCUCUGAAGCUGAGAGAGUGUGACUUGCCCAAGGUCACUCAGUGCCUUUUCAUGGCUAAGGAGCUAUUUGAGACCUGGUCUCCUGAAUUGCACUGGCUCCAAAGAAGGCUGUAUAAAUAUUUAUAAUAUGACUUGGUAAGUCCGCAAUAAGACAGAACUCUCUAUUUUUUAAUUUUUGCCUAUAAUGUAUUUUAUUCCCAACAUAAAUGCCCUGAAGAACACGAACUAUAUUCCCUUGGCUCACAUAACUCACUAUACACUCAAUAAAUUUUCUGAUCCUCAAAACUCAGUAUACACUCUAUAAAUGUUCUGAUCCUCAAAAAAGGACAGGAGACUGGAGCAACGUCAUGCUAUCAUACUGAUCUUCCAAGCAAAGUAAUAUUCAAGAUUUUUCAAGUAAGAUUUUUAUCAUAUAUGGAGCAAAAAUUGCCAGAUAUUCAAAUUGGGUUGAGAAAAGGAAGAGGUUGUAAGGAUCAUAUUGCAAGCAUAUGUUAAUAAGGGAAUGUAUCAGAAAACAUCAGAAGAAUAUACAUUUACUGUGUAGAUUACACUAAAGAUUUUGAGUGUUUACGUAAUGAGAAAUUAUGGUAUGCUCUAAAAGUAAUUGGUUGCCACAAUGUCUGAUGGUCCUGUAAUUUCACCAUUGUUAUGGACAAGAGGCCACUCUCAGGACAAAGUAUGGAGAAACAGAAUUGUUUCCAGUUGAGAAUGGGGUUUGGUGCAUUUUAUGACACAAUCUCUUUCAUUUUUAUGCAACCCCCCCCCCCCCAAAAAAAAAAAAACUCAGAAAGGAUUAGACCAGGAUGGAGGGAAUGUUUAAACUUAGCUGAUGGAGUAAGGCAUGGGACUAUAUUUGGUCUGACCUUGACAAUUCCAACUGUAUCUAAAUCUCAAUGCUACCUCACUGCAUUGAACCAAAGAAAAAAAAAGGAUGGAGUGAGGAGAAAUAUUUAACUCAUGGGUUUUUAAAAAGAUAAACUGCUAUUUUCUUACAAAAGAUGACCCAGAAUUUCUCUGACUGAAAGAUAUAAACACAGUGCUUCAAAGACUUAUACACUGGUUGUUCUACAGCACCACCUUGUGAGAGUAUUUUGCAAGGUCUUUUGGAAUAUGUUAGAUCUAUUCCAUUUCCACUCUCAGUGAAGCUAGUCUUCGCCAGUGCUUGGAAAGUUACUUUUUGAAAGCUGUCAGUUCCUGUUAGAUAUCACACUGUUUUAAAAGUAACUGGUUAUUUUUACUUGUUAACAUGCUAAAACUGUAUCUCAUGUUUUCCAUUACUUUCUGUUAUUUUUCUGAGAGAAAAGACAGUCCUGAUAAGAAAAUGGCAUAAAAUUUGAAAAAUGCUUCUAAAAUGAUUUUGAAAAGUAGGACUCCUACACCAGUAAAGUUGGUCUAGUGCUAGUCAUUAUAUUACUUAUGAAAUAUACAUUUAUACUCCCCAUCCCAUUCUGCCAGAAAUAGUUACAGGCUACGGUAACUUUCUACAUUAAGAUUCCAAGUGUUUUGAUAACCACUUUUUAGUCACGAGAACAACAAUUAUAAACUUAAUUCUAAUGUAAAUCAGUGCAGACAACAUCUGAGAAGGAAUAUCUUUAUGUUCAGAUUUGGGGGGGGUGUGUGUUUGUUUUCCCUGAUAAACUGGAAUUUGAUCUUGCAGCAUAUUAAACUUGGUAUUUCAUUGCCACAUGAUGUUGAAAUGCUUUUGACAGACUAUGAUGCAGUUGGCCCUCCACAUUGGUUUAACCUUUGGAUAAUUCGAUUAUUUGCAGAUUUGAUUAAUAUGUUAUCACUAGAAAUCUCAACACCCUCCACCGUCACUCUAUGGCCAACCUCCUCAAGCUUUGUAACUCAAUUAGAAAUCAUAUAUUUUAAACCUUGACAGUCUUAAGUACAUUUUCACUAAAGAGUUAUAUCAGUUUGAUAUCACUUUUAUAAUCAUGGUGCUGUCCAAAGGCAUGCUACAGUUUAAAGUUUAGUAUGGGUCAUAAGAAUUCUAUAUUCCUCACUAAAGUAUAUGUUGGAAAUGACAACCUUCAUCAAGCCUUCUCUAGCAAUCUGUUUUUCUAUUAUCUUGUUUACGAUUUCCUGUACGUGUGUUCUGGUGUGCAGCUUCCUUUACUUUAUGGUUUCUGAGAAGUUAUAAAAGGGGCUGCCGACCACAUGCUCUUUUUCUCUCCUUUUAACUAUGUGACCUGUUGAUAGCUGUUUUGUUAAAGAGAGAUGCACUGGCCGGCUGGCACAGGGAACCAUCUCAAAUAUAUUUGAAACUGGGCUGAUAAGUUUUUUUGUACCUGUGCAUGUUGAUCACAUGAAAGUUGUGAGUAAACCAAGUAUGUUAUUUCCAUCAAAGUCGUCUUCAUUUUUGUCUCUUGAUUCAUAAUCUGAACCAAGUUGUUUUAUGGGAGAGUACUUUUUUGGGCACUGAUAAAAACACUUCUAAAGCUCUGUUUUUAUCUACUGGCAAAUCUCUGUUUUUCCUGACAGAUCGGAGAUUGCUGGUUACUCAGUCCAACAACUGAAACCAUUGCCUAGCAUAAUUAUAUUUGGUUGUAUAUUACAAGAGGAGAUUCUGCUCUAAAGGGUUUUUUGGUGCUUCUCUAAAAGGUUAUGUUCUCUAAUACUAUGAAUGUCAAGAUUAAUUAGGACCAAGCUGAGACUGUUGAAAGUUGUACCAAACUGGAAAAUUGGGAAUUCUAGCCAGCAUAGUGAAGUAGUUUUGAGUAUUGGAAUACAAUUCUGCAGACCAGGAUUUGAAUCUCCGCUCAGCUAUGAAAACCACUGAUAGCAUUGAGCAAGUCAUACUCUCUAACUGCAGAGGAAGGCAAUACCAACCUUUCUCUGAACAAAAUGAUGCUGGAAAUUUGAAGUUUUUCUAAGUCCUGUGGAUAGCCGAAGGAUGUCUGGCAAGCUUCACUAACUGCAGAUGUCACGAAUCAGAAAGAGGAACCAGGAAUCUCACCUGGUUGAUGGCAAACAACAGAUAAUUUGUUGUUGAAGGCUUUCAUGGCUGGAAUCACAGGGUGGUUGUGUGUUUUCUGGGCUGUAUGGCUAUGUUCCAGUAACUCUGGAACAUGGCCAUACAGCCCAGAAAACACACAACACCACAACAGAUAAUGUAUUCCAUUUGUGCAAAAAGGACACUCGUACAGUAUGGAUGCUCAAAGGGUACAAGUGUAAAAGCAUAAUCAUAAACAGGCAUUUUUAUACACAAGAAUUCCCAUGCAUUAACAUUGCCAUGUUUUGAAGCUUACUUCCUUUCCCCUGAUUGGCUAGCACUGAGAAAGCGUCCAACAAGCCUCUGAUUGGCCAGGAGGUGGGUCUUAGCUGGUGCCCGGCAUGACUGGAGGAGGCGGUGAUGAUGUAGCCCGGGAUCUCCUCCCAGCUGAUCAAGGGGCUCCCAAUGGGAUGGCGAGGCGGUCUUGGGGGCGGUGAGGUCCUAGGGGUCAAACCAACCCCAUAGUGUGUAGCAACGGAAUGCUGGAGACAAGGAAAAAUCCAAAAGAUGAUUUGACAUGACCCUGCCGAAGAAAACAACAAGGGUUGUGCCAGAAAUCUUCCCAUGCAGGGGAGAUAAAGAGUCCCAAAGAUGAGUAUAGUUGAUGUGAUCACUAUCAAAGUUUCAUCCUGGACUGUUGUCCCACAAAUAGCUGAGAUCCCUCAGGGGAACUGCUAGGCAGUGGGUGGAUGGGCUCCCGCUGAGAUCAGGAAGGUCCUUUGUCCCAUAGAUUAUGUCCCAUCUCUGGUUCUCGCACAGAGUGUGGAAUGGGUAUCUGGAAUUUCUCAAGAGAGGUUACUGGAGUUCAUGGGUUGUACAUUUGUCUUCAUUUCAGAGUUCAAUAAUAAUAAAAAUAUAAAAAUACAUAAGAGAGUUCAUGUGAUGUUUGGGCCCGGGCUGUGGCGCAAGCUGGUGAGCAGCCAACUGAGUCCAAUCACUCUGACCAAGAGGUCAUGAGUUCGAGGCCAGCUCGGAGCCUGCGUUUGUCUUUGUUCUAUGUCAAGGCAUUGAAUGUUUGCCUUAUAUGUGCAUUGUGAUCCACCCUGAGUUCCCUUCGGGGUGAAGAGGGCAGAAUAUAAAUACUGUAAAUAAAUAGAGAGGGAAGAGAGGGUGAAGAGAAAGGGUCUUGCCAUAGCUGAACACAGGAUGAAAAAGGUCAUUUGCCUUAUAUUUUAUCCCCUCCAUUUGUGUGCCCAUCUUCAUGUCCACAUGAGAAAAAUACAAUAAAAGAAAUAUAGAGAGAUGCAUAGUAGCACAGGCUUGGAAAUGGAUGUGCUCUGGAUACAUUUUGUCUUUUCGGCUUGUAUCUUGGCUGGGAGAGGGCAAGAUGGCGAUCUCAAUGAAAGUCUUGGAGAUUUGCUGGUGCGGACUGGCUCAGGCUGAACAGAUGAGCCGAGGGUAGGUGUCCGUGUGUGGGAGCUUGGGGGCUAUGGAGUGCAAGCUGCUGCUGGUCUUGUGGAGACUUGAGGGAGGUCGUAGAGAUGGAGGCAGCUUCCAGUUCCUCUGUCCUUCCGUCGUUGGGAAACUACAAUUCCCACUGUCGCUUUUUUAUUAGGGGUGGGGUUGAGGGUCCUCAAUUACAAAAAACUUGCCAAGAAAACAACACUUUAUGGCCAUUGAAAUUCAGACAUUACUUGGAAGCAUUCAACAAAAGACCAGCAAAAUCAAAGCUAGAAAAGAAGCUAUGUAGCUACUGAUCUGUAGAGGUAAAAUAAUGCACUGUUUCUUUUCCUUGCCGUGUUGUUCUUCCACAGUAGAACAUGCUGAGUAAAGCAGAAAAGACUGAACAAGGAACAAACUAUCAGAACGUUGUUCCUCCUAAAGUUGUCCCUCCUACCCCCCCCCCCCCAAAAACAACAAAAAAACAGGAACAAUAAAAUUGACACAGAGAGAAGCCAUUUCUUAGAAGAACCCCUUUGACCAGAGCUGGAGUGCAUUCACACAUUUUUUUUUUCUUUUCCGGUGUUGCCAUGCCCUCACAUUUGUACAUUGUGAUUUUACUUUUAUGGACAGUUCAAUGUGCAGCAGAACAUCUCAGUGUACAAGACACAUCCUUAAUUCAGAUCGCUUUUAUCAAUGAACCUGUGGAUGUAACCUGCAGAGCUACCGUGAUGUGUAAAUCGCCACAAUCAAAUCUUGAAAUCUGGUAUUACCGAAGAGAUGAAAUAGACGGAGAAAUAACUGUCUAUAAGAACAGCAGCAUUAGUUUGACGUGCACGGUGAAUCAAACUUGGGCUGAGAGUUUCCACGUUCACGUCAUGCCUGCUAAGCAUGGCUCUGUUACCGGUUUCUAUGCAUGCAAAGCAAAGUGGAACUCAGAAACAAGUAAAGGACAUGGAACAUUUAUCCGUUUUAGAGACAAAGGAUAUAUAGAACCAUUUCCUACUACAUGGGUUUGCCUGAUCACUGUCACUGUUAUUUUAGCAGUUUUAAGCAUUGUGGGAACAGCCUUGCUAUUCUGGAAAAGAGAGGUGGUGUGGCCUGAGAAGAACCAUGUCAAGAAGUGCCCAAAUAAAAAAUCAACACCUCAGCACACUUCAGACAGCCUGGAGCCUCCUGAAUCCAUGUAUACUGAUUUAGAACCACACCAACCAGACGUCUAUCUAGACUUUAAGAAAAAAUUAAGUAGCCCAUCACACACAGCAGUGCCUACAACUAAGAUAAUAAAAAGAGAAAUCCAAGACGUGUAUGAGAACAAUAGUAUAGAUGUGUAUGAGAACAUCUAAGAAGGAGACUGCAUUGUACCAUUCUAACAUCCUAUAUCGUUCAAAAGAAAGGUCCACAUUGCCAUUGUAGGUCAACAUGAGACAAGCAUCCUGUCAUAUAAGCAAAAGGAUAUACUGAUAUAACAGUAACCAGGGAAGACAACUGGAACAGGCAAAUACUCUGUGACAUAAAGUCAGCUAAUAAAGUGAGAAUGGGAACAACAGACAAGAAGAGCGAUUUCAUAGAAUAAAUGUGGAAUCUCCAACACUUGCCACCAUGAUUUAUGAUUUCAGUUCUAGGGAAAGCUGUUGGAACCAAGUCCUGUAAAACAGUUUGCUUUUAUGGAAUCCAAAAGUGAUAUUUACAAGGUUGUACUGACUGGUAAAUACAGCUUUAAAAAAUUAACUAGUCUUAUUGCACAUAGUGACUGAAAGCAGUUUGGUGGGAAGGAUUGUUCUCUGCUGAAGAAGAUAUGAUUGUACUUUUAAACUUUUCAUUAUUUUCACUAAUUAGAGUAGUCACAGACUCAAUACCCUAGCCUAGAGGUUACAUGUAUGCAUUUUUGCUACCCUUUUCUUAGUAGGAAAGAGGAAAAGAAAUCUAACGAACUGUUGACUAAUCUGAUAUGAGCAAUGAAUAAGAAAGCUUGGGAUACGCUGUCUCAAAUUUAUGAAUGAAAUCAUAUCACUCAGAGAAUAAAAUUCAUGCUAACCUGAUUUAUUUCAUUUUUAGACAAUUUGCUUACUUGGAAAACAGCAACUUUGAGAAUUUUAAAACCAAGAGGACAUUAUAUUCAAAGCAAAAUAGUUUUAAAUACUAGCAUUAUUCGCAAUUAAAAAGAUGCUGCUUGUGCCCAUCAGCUAAGGAGAACAGUUUUGUUUACUAAUUUUGAAAAUUAAUUAUGAUAAGAGGGAUGAGUAAAUUACAUGUUAUGGUGUUCUUUUUUGCAAUCUGUUUAUACACACACACACACACCUGAAAACAGGUGCCAUUUUGUUUUAGCUAUUGUUUAUAAGCUUUUCUAGGAUCCUUUUCAGCUUAAUAUUUAAAAUGAUAUGUGCUUCAAUGUUAAUAUUUUUCAGACAGUCCACUUAAAGACCAAACCUCAAGAUGGGAUCCACCAAAAAAUAAAUUAUUGCAGAUAGAUCUGUCAUAAUUGAACACAAGGCAGAUGUUAAUUGGUAUAAAUUGGAAUGGAAAAUCAGAGUGAGCUAAUCUAAUUUGUACCCAAACUGUUUUGUAGAUUCUACAGAAGAAAAUCCAUGUUACUUGGUUGAAAUAAAGACCAAUUGGAGAUGUUAAAGCUAAUAGAUUUAUUUAUUAGACGUAUGCACAGCCGGAAGUAUAAAAUAUUGUGUAUGUUUUUAAAAAAUAAUUAAUGAGGUACACAAUGGACCUGAUGGAAAUUAGCUGAUAGAUGGCAUACAAUAUACGAUCCAAUCAAUUUCAGUUCAACUUGUACUGAUAAUAUUAGGAGCUAGCUAUACACGAUCCUUUGUGGAUCAGAAAGCUUUACUGGAUUGUGGUCUAAAUAUGGAUCAGCAACAGUGCUCCUAUUAAAACUGUCAGGAGCACAUCGACAGAAACAUAACACUUCAGAAACAGCAGGCAGCAGCAACAAUACUGACAAUGACAGUAACUACGACAUGGUACAUUUACAUACAUUAGCAUCCCAUAGAAAUUUAUGAAAUGAUCAGGAUUCAGAAGAAAUAAUUCUAUUUUUAGGAAAAGAACCCAGGAAGUGGUCUUUUUCAGUUUAUUAAAAUCAG